CUAUCACUCCUUAAAUUAUAUCCUCAGAGCCAAAGUUGCUCACUCCUUCACACAUGCUCAAGUCCCCACCUUCUUCUUCUUCUUCAGUCUCCUUUCAUACCUCCACACCAUUGCUUAACGUUUUUCUCUCUAAUCAACCAGAAAGAAGAUGAUCUCAUGGCACGACCUCUACACGGUCCUCACGGCCGUGAUACCUCUCUACGUAGCUAUGAUCCUCGCCUACGGCUCUGUACGGUGGUGGAAAAUCUUCUCACCUGAUCAAUGCUCUGGAAUCAACCGCUUCGUGGCCAUCUUCGCCGUCCCUCUCCUCUCCUUCCACUUCAUCUCCACCAACAAUCCAUACGCCAUGAACCUCCGUUUCAUCGCAGCCGACACUCUCCAAAAAAUCCUCAUGCUCGCUCUCUUAGUCCUCUGGGCUAACUUCACCCGCUCCGGCAGCCUCGAGUGGAGCAUCACGAUCUUCUCCCUCUCCACGCUCCCGAACACGCUCGUCAUGGGAAUCCCUCUCUUGAUCGCCAUGUACGGCGAAUACGCCGGUUCGCUCAUGGUCCAAGUCGUGGUCCUCCAGUGUAUCAUCUGGUACACGCUUCUCCUCUUCCUCUUCGAGUUCCGCGGUGCCAAGAUGCUCAUCAUGGAGCAGUUCCCUGAGACGGCUGCCUCCAUAGUUUCCUUCAAGGUGGAAUCCGACGUCGUUUCCCUGGACGGCCACGAUUUUCUUGAAACGGACGCAGAGAUAGGAAACGACGGGAAGCUUCACGUCACCGUGAGGAAGUCAAACGCUUCCCGUCGUUCCUUCUGCGGGCCGAACAUGACUCCACGGCCGUCUAAUCUCACCGGAGCUGAGAUUUACAGCUUAAGCACCACUCCUAGAGGCUCAAACUUCAACCAAUCAGACUUCUACUCGAUGAUGGGUUUCCCUGGCGGCCGUCUCUCCAACUUCGGUCCGGCCGACAUGUACUCCAUGCAGUCUUCAAGAGGCCCUACUCCAAGACCUUCGAAUUUCGAGGAGAAUUGCGCCAUGGCUUCCUCCCCGAAAUUCGGGUAUCACCCAGGAGGAGGAGGAGGCGGGUCUUACCCGGCUCCAAAUCCUGAGUUUUCUUCAACAACAGCAAACAAAGCCAUCAGUAAAACUCAUAAAGACACCAGCACGAAUCAGCAGACGAAUCUUAACACCGACGGUAAGUCAAACAACCAUGACGCGAGCUCCAAGGAACUACACAUGUUCGUGUGGAGCUCUAACGGGUCGCCCGUUUCAGACCGGGCGGGUCUUAACGCCCCUGAUACGGGAUCAAACAAUGAACAAGGUGGAAGAUCCGACCAAGGUGCCAAAGAGAUCAGGAUGUUAGUCCCCGACCAAUCUCAGAACGGUGAACCAGCUAGUAUCGCGGGAAGAGAAGAAGAAGGUGAAGGAGAGAGAGCAAAAGACGCUGAGAAUGGACUGAACAAACAUGUUCCUAAUGCGGUGCUACAAGCGAAGACAGGACUCGGAGCCGCCGCUGGAGAUGAAGCAAGUCAAAGGAAACAUAUGCCGCCGGCGAGUGUAAUGACGAGGCUGAUACUGAUCAUGGUGUGGAGGAAGUUAAUCAGAAACCCAAACACUUACUCUAGCCUCAUUGGUCUCAUCUGGGCUCUGGUUGCUUUCCGGUGGCACGUGGCAAUGCCCAAAAUCAUUCAGCAAUCUAUCUCCAUUCUAUCUGAUGCUGGUCUUGGAAUGGCAAUGUUCAGUUUGGGGUUGUUCAUGGCGUUGCAACCCAAAUUAAUCGCUUGUGGGAAUUCCGUGGCAACAUUUGCGAUGGCGGUUAGGUUCCUCACAGGUCCGGUCGUGAUGGCAGUUGCCUCUAUAGCUAUUGGACUGCGUGGUGAUUUACUGCGUGUCGCCAUUGUUCAGGCCGCAUUGCCUCAAGGGAUUGUACCCUUUGUGUUUGCAAAAGAGUACAAUGUCCAUCCUGCUAUUUUAAGUACAGGGGUAAUAUUCGGAAUGCUUAUAGCGCUUCCUAUCACGCUGGUUUACUACAUUCUACUCGGGUUAUAAGCUUUUGAUUACGUGAACCUUACAAUGGAUACGUGUAGAGGAGAAGGAAGAAAAAAACGCAAAAGUAUUUUAACUUGUGGGUGGAACAAACUAAAAGCUUAGAGUAUAUAAAUAAAACUAGAGAGUAGCCUACAACACAAAGAAACCCGUUCUUCUCCAUAUUUUACAUAUAUAAUAUUUGGAGAUAAUAAGAGUGAGACAGUGGAACGCAUAUAAGGAGGAGCAAAACAUGGGGCAACGAACGAGACAACAAAGAUGAAUAAAAAAUUGUAGGAAGAAGACACCUUAUUAUUUUGUAAUUUUUUUUGUGACGAGCAAAACGCUUUUGUUUUGAUGUGUUAUUUGAUUAGAUUUUUGGGUAACUAAUGAAUAGAUUAUUGUGUAGUUUUUUUGUUAAUUAGCGAAGAAAAGUGUGUGGCUUUGAAUC